AUGUCUCAAGACGGAUUUGGUUGUCUGCCAAAUGAACUUGUGGAGAAAGUUUUCGGUUAUCUGACUGUUGAUGAUCUCUGUCACGUGACGUUAUGUGGUCGUUCUUGGAGAGAAUCGGCCAACCAAGAUGCCCUGUGGCGCCCUUUUUGUCGAUGGAAAGGAUGGGAGCACUACGGUACCAUGUCAGAUCUUUGCAAAGAGGUUCCUUUAAAACCCAAUUCACCAGAGCAGAAGACUGGCGAAGGGGGCGCUCCUACAUUCCCGGUCGAUGCUGUUGUCACUGGUUCAGACUGGCCUGGACUGGUUGAUACAUGUAAAUGGAAGGAAGUCUACAUGAAAGCACGCCACCUGGAAGGGAAUUGGCGGAACAAUCGUUAUCACGUUUCCUCGUUCGAAUUCGGCUCAGCUGGUUACAGAGAGUGGCUCUUCGAAUACAUUGGCCCUGGUCCUGAACCACUCGUCUGUAACAUGGCUGGCGAAGGGGACUGUCUUGCUGUUGGUAUCUCCAUUGGCACGAUGCAAAUCUGGGAUGUCUCCAACUGCAAACGCCGUCAUCUCAUCCAAGUAAAUGUCAGUGAAGCUCCAGACGCUCUGAAGAUGAAGGAUGGUAUCAUAGCUGCAGGAUGCAAGGACGGUAAGAUUCGUACCUUCUCCGCCCAGACUGGAGAGCAGCUGCAAGUCAUGUCGGGGCAUCGUCUGCCUGUGCUUCGUCUCUUCUUCGAUGGAAACACAAUCGUCAGUACUGCCUACAAGGAGUACAGGAAGAAUGAAGUGUACGCAGACAGUGACAUAAGGGUCUGGAGUGCUGCAGACGGUUGCUGUCGUUACAACCUUCAGAGUGGCUCUGUAGGACGGCGCCUUGAUGACCUGGAUUACAAAGACAAGAUCGUUGCAGGUGCAUACAACGACAAAACCAUUCGAGUGUGGAAUGCAGACAGUGGUUCCCGUAUACAACAAUUCACCGUCCAGGCGAGAGAUUUGCUUUCGUGUCAUCUCGGGGAUGGUAUCGUCAUCGGCGCCUACGAUGGCAAUGUCGUCAUGGUCUGGAGCCUUGAAUCUGGGGAUUGCAUCAAGACUUUUGACGUGCCAGGAAAUUACUCUGAAAAAUAUGGCAAACUCUUGGAUAGAGCAAGGUCGUACACGUUCAACGGCGCGCUACUCCUGAGCACCUCUUGUAAUAACCACAUGAGAUUACUUGAUCUGAAUGGGAAAUUCCUCGGGGACUCUCGCCCAUACAGCAAUGAGUUCAACUUUGAACCAAUCGUGUUUCGCGGCAACAAAUUGGUCGCAGCCGACUUAAGCGGAGGCGCUAACCAUCUUUGGUCAGUGGACCAAGACGGAUUCCACUACAUUAAGGAAGUAAGGCGCAUAAUGUUUGAUGAUGAAGUAACAGUCAGGUACUCGGUGGCCUGGAUGAGCGAAACCAAACUGGCCUUCGUGACGUACGUUGAUUUCGAAAGCUUUGAACAGGGAAUUACUGAGCAAAUUCCCAUCAUUAUCGUUCACCAUUAUUGGUGA